UUUGCGGAGCGCUUCGGUGCGGCAUCGACGAGCCCGGCUGCUCCCUCCUCCCGGGACUAUGGCGCUGCCCUGUAGUUGACGUUUGUUUCUCACCCCUCUCACCUCCUUCUGUUUCUCUUCCUCCCUCCCCCGCGUCCCGGCUCGGACGAGCGGUCGCCCCCGGACCCCCUGUCCUCUCCGUCUCCCCCCAUAGGAACAGGCUGUAAGGGACGCGCGGGCGGCUUGGUGCCGCACCAUGAACAUCAUCAUCGGCAUCGGCGGGGUCACGAAUGGCGGCAAGACCACGCUGACCCACAAGCUCAUGCAGGCCCUGCCCAACUGCAGCGUGGUGCAUCAGGAUGACUUCUUCAAGCCCCAGGAUGACAUAGAAGUUGAGGAUGGAUUUAAACAGUAUGAUGUUAUUAGUGCGUUGGAUAUGGAAGCUAUGAUGAGUACCAUCAAUGCUUGGAUGAAAAACCCAAUUAAGUUUGAACGCUCACAUGGCAUCAAUAACACAUUGGAUGCCAAAAUAUUACAGUAUUCAGAAGAGAGAGAUGAAACAAUCCAUAUUCUUAUUGUAGAAGGCUUUCUUCUUUACACUUACAGACCAUUGAUUGAGAUAUUCCACCAUCGGUGCUUUCUUUCCAUUCCAUAUGAAGAAUGCAAAAGGAGGAGGAGUUCAAGGAACUACACGGUACCAGAUCCUCCUGGAUUGUUUGAUGGCCAUGUCUGGCCCAUGUAUAUUAAACACAAGAAAAUAAUGGAAGAUUUCAAAGUUGAUGUGGUUCAGUUGGAUGGAACAAAAUCAAAGAAGGAACUGUUUAAUGAAGUUUAUGAACAGAUCCAGAACAAGAUUGAGAAACUACUGCUUAUGCAGAGAUAGACAAGAAGCCGAUGGAUUCCUAUGAUCUAAAAGAGAAGCCUGUUAACACUAACUUUUAUGCAUACCAUGGCAGUUGAGCUUCAGCUUCUGUUAGGAUUUCCUUUUUCACUUUUUAAAAUUGGACUUUGUUCAGCUUUCACCUGAAACUCAUGGAGUUAAAUAUGGCCUUGAUUAAAACGUUUCCCCUCCAUGAA